CGAGAAACCCCGAGAGACCCUUCGGCCCCGAAACAGACACUUCUCAGCCACAACUCCACCAAAGACACGGGACAGGACGAGACGGAGGGGACGCUCAGGACGAGGAGGACAGCUGGAGAAACUCCUUCCACAUACCGGAGACAUGGGUCAGACCCUGCCGUACGCAGACAGAGGUUAGACGGAUCAAGAGACGGAUCAAUCGAUCAGAGGAAGGACAAAUGAAGGAAACCUCAGGGAGUGAGAAGACUUGAAACCGGUGAAGGAGCUGAGAUGACGCCAGAGGAACCUGAACUGAUCCAGCUCUGCCAAAAAUAACCUUCAGGGGUUCAUCAUGGGACUGAGCCAAGUCUCCAACGUCACUCCAGACAUCGGUUUGGUGGCGGCGAGCAACACUUCCGGCACCUCAUCCCUCCCUCAGUCAUCCUGCAGCAUUGAUGAAUCCUACAAGUACGUCUUCCUGCCCGUCUGCUACUCCCUGACCUUCCUCUUCAGCCUCACCCUCAACUCAGUGGUGCUGCUGCGCUCUUGCCGCCAUCACAGCGGCUGCUGCGGAGGCGGUGGUAGCAGUGGCGGUGGGCGACGCUGGAACACCUCGCUGAUCUACAUGGUGAACCUAGCCACCACUGAUCUGAUGUAUGGCCUGUCGCUGCCCUUCCUGGUGGCGAGCUACGUGCUGAGGGACCGCUGGGUGUUCGGGGACUUCAUGUGCCGCCUCGUUCGCUUCCUCUUUUACUUCAACCUCUAUUGCUCCAUCUUCUUCCUCACCUGCAUCUCUGUGCACAGGUACCUGGGGAUCUGCCAUCCAAUGAGGACCAUCACCCUUGAGAGCAAGCGGGUGGUGAAGGGCACCUGUGCAUUGGUGUGGGUGGUGGUCUUCAUCCUCACCUGCCCCAUCUUUAGGUUCGCCCAGACAGGAUACCUCACACGAGGAGUCGGCGGCGUUGUGGGACCUGAAGGGGAGAGGGAAGGCGGGAACAGCACUGGACCUCAGGACGAGGGGGGAUACUUGAACUGCUGGGAUGAUGCCAUCGAUAAGGAGUUUGCUGACUAUGUCCCGUACGGCAUCGUUCUUCAUCUGCUGGGCUUCUUUGUGCCCUUCGUCAUCAUCGCCUGGUGCUACUCUCAGGUGGUCAGGACGAUAUUUCAGACCCUGCGCUCUCCUCCCAGUUCGAUAGAGGGUGGGGAGGAUGGUCCAGUAGGAGACGGGGCGUCAGAAGGAGUUAGAGAGCGGGAGAGAACCUCGGUCUCCAUCUCUGGAUCGCAGUACUCACACUACAUCCGGCGGCGACGGAAAUCCAUUAAAACAAUUGUAACCAUUACAUUGCUGUUUGCGCUCUGCUUCUUGCCCUUUCACGUGACGCGGACUUUGUUCCUGCUCAUGCGGCGGGGACAGCUCGGUGGCUGCGAAGUCAUGAAGACCGUGUCCAUCUGCUACAAGGUCACCCGGCCGCUGGCCUCCUGCAACGCCUGGCUCAAUGCCCUCCUCUACUUCCUGACAGGGGACAAGGGUGCUCCAUGCUGCUGGCCGGCAGAACACACCGUCCGCCGAGACCACCGGAGCGGCUCCCUCUGGUGGCCGCUGAAGAUUCUGAAAAAAGAGGGCGUUGGAGAGGAAGACCAGGAGGCGGCUGAGAAGAUCGAAAGGGUGGUCCACAUGGAAAACGAGUCCAAGUCUUCACGGGUCAUCUUCUAGACAGUGUCAGUGCUGGUUUCUCUAUAAAAGACUUCAAACAGUGUGUGUAGCAGUUAAGCAGAGAACUAUUCAGUAGCGCUCGGUAUUGUUUAGAAUUUUCUGAUACUAGUGUUCGAAAAUGCAAUACCUGGGUUUGAAUACUUCUCAAGUUUCCAUCUAAAUUUAGAGCAAAUUUUAAACAAAUUUUCAGGUAAUCAGCAAAAGAAAAUGGAAGUGAAUCCUGGAGUGUGUCUCAAAUCACAUACUUUUGUUAGUACACUUCAGUGUAAUGCACUAUAUACACUAAUUUCAACAUGGCGGUGUUGUCUGAAAUCACCCACUGCCAUUUUGCUCUAACGAAAUGAUGAUGGCUUCUUUUUUUUUUUAAAAAAAAGAUAAAAAUUUUACCGCCUCUCCUGCUUUGUCGUCUUCUUUUUAAACAGUGGAGCAUUACCACCAACAUUUGACCGCUAUCUCUGCCCACACCUAAACCAAACUCACGCCACAUCGUCAGUGCUGAUUAAAAUGCACCGCCAUAGCUAGGAGCAAGUUAGCUCUGGUGAAUGCUAACAUUAGCACUUGCAUUAUUGUUGGUGGUACCAAACCAUUACAGACCCAACAAAUAUUACUGACGGCUUCUUUUCGACAACAGUUUUGGUGCUUAAACACGAAAAACAUCUAAAACAUGUAUAGCUUCAACUACGUCACAUAGUUGGCGACUGUUGAGGGUGAGAAGUGUCCGUCAUUCCACACUCAACUUUUGGACCGUUUUGAGUGCGUCAGUAAUACACUGUAUUUUCCUGUACUAUGCAGUGUGAACACACUGAGUGCACUGGUGCACUCAGAAUAUUAAGUGUUUAUUACAGAAGUAUGUGAUCUGAGACACACUGCUGGUUUCCAUCCACUCAUUGGCUGAUGGAGAUAAACAGCUGGUGGAGCAAUUCUCCAGUCUGUGCCAUUAAACCACUGCAGAAGAAGAAGGGGAGCUCACACAAUGGAAAUUCAUGCGGAAGAAAACCUGAUGGAAAUAUGACAUUUCUGUUAGUUUCACGUGUUAAUGUGAGGAAGAUUACAGCCUCCUCAUCGACCCACUUACAUCUGAUGACUUACAUGUCGAACUUUUUUUUUGCAAUCCUUAAACUAUUUAUCAAACCCAGGCAUCUCCAGAUAUUUAAAAGUGACAUUUGAGCCUGAUAGAGGGGACAAACUUUAUUUAAUUAACUGCCCUCACAUUACAAAUCAUGUCGUCAAAUCACUAAAUAACUCAAAGGUUUUUGUUUUCUUGAUUUAAUUCAGAAUACUAAAUUGUGCCCUUGAUUGAAUUAAUUUCCUUAAAUUAGUUAUGAUCACUUUCAUCUGCUCUCGGUAUGGACCAUAGUUUUAUUUGAAAUUUUUUAAAUAUGUGGAUAUUCUUGUGGUUUUGGCCGUUAGACGUACACCAUGUCCCAGAUCCAUACUGCACUCAUUCAAAGCAGGUUCUAAGCACAUAAUACAUAUAAAACAUGGAUAAAUUAAGUAUACUUUGGACACUAUGCAAAAAAAAUUACAGUCGAUGAGUGUCCCGUCCGUGGACACUGAUGUCUCACAAUGCAUUCAAAAAAAUAAAGACAUGCUAUACUAAGACGUUUUUCCAUGAUUCUUGACAACAAUCUUGAAGACAUUUAGCAGCUGUGUCUGUAUUUCCAUAUAUUGCAAUGAGUGUAAGUAUGCACAAAAUGCAUCUCUUUACAGAUGGAUAAAAACGGCAAAGUAAAAAGUGGAUUUUGAGUGUCCAGUCUUGUAGAAAAGGCACAUGGAACAGUACAGAGACAAAAACAGGAUUAAUAAUAUAUUGUGAAGAAUAACUUUCAGGUUUGUCACUAGUUUUAUGAAAUAUUUUGUUAAAAGACGUCACUAUAAAUAAACUCUCUAUGUUACACAGCUAGCAUGAUAUCAAUGUUAGCUAGCUAAACACAGUAAAACUUUUCACAUAGAAAAACACAAUAAAUAUUAAAAAAUAAAAAUAAAUAGAGCUGCAUUACAUUCACUAAUCUGGCUCAGUGUGUACGGUCUGUCCAAAAUGUGCCGCAAAAGCUCAAUUUUGUUUUAACGCACUUGAGACAAAUUACAGAUGGUACUCUGAAAAAACGGAAGGAGGAGUUUUGCAAACACAUCAGAGAUCACAAAGGUUUUCAGAGGGAUGAAUGGACCUUUGGUUGACUCACAUACGUACACAGCUAAAUAGAAACACGGCGUUAAAGUCGUAGUCUGUCGUCGCACACAUUGCAUCAUUUCCUGUUAGUAUAAAAUGGUAAAAUAGAUCCUUUUAGGGUCCACGUCACGAUGACAUCAUUUCAUUAUCUGGAAUAUAAAGCUGCCUCUCCCCCACAGGGCUGUAGGCUCCAUAGGAGUGUUAACAUGUGUUUGUCUUGUUGUGUUAUUGGGAGCCAGAAUAGAAGGAGUCAUGGCUCAAAACCAGCCGCCACUGCCCGUCAACAAAAACAAAG